AUGAGUGACAGCACGUUCAAUUCUUGUUUCACACAUCAGUUUAAGCUCAAUUAUGAGGAUACGGAGAAGGUCGCCAUCGGUUACUCGGUCAGCUCCGAGAACAUCCUCGCCGGUGGGCACCUCUGGAGGAUCGGCUGCUACCCGCGUGGGGAUCAUGGGAAAGAGAACAAGGGUGAGUGCUUAUCUAUGUUCCUCUACCAUGAGAGCGAAUCCAAAGAUGCCAAAGCUAUCUUCGAGGCCUUUGUCAUGGACAAAGAAGGUACUGUAUCGUCUUCGUCCCAUCAAUCCAGGGUUCUGCACGUUUUCGCACCGAAGGGCAGCGACGGCUAUGGUUGGCCUUCAUUCGUGGAGCGAAGCGUCCUCAAGUCGCGCUACGUGACGAAUGAUGGAUCGUUCGUCAUUGUGGGAGCAGUCCAGGUUGUGCAGGAGGAGGAUCCCCUCGACUUGCCACCCUCCAACAUCGGGAGCCACCUCGGCCUCCUGCUGGACUCCACGGCCGGUUCCGACGUUACGUUCGUUGUCGACGGCGAGAGGUUCGCUGCCCACCGGGCCGUGCUCGCCGCCCGCUCGCCGGUCUUCAAUGCGCAACUCUUCGGCUCCAUGGCGGACGCCACCAUGACGUCCAUACCAUUGCAUGGAAUCAGCGCAGCGACGUUAAGAGCUAUGCUCCGCUUCAUGUACACCGAUGCUUGUCCUGAAGAAGCCGAUGACUCCGACUUGCUCGCUGCUGCCGACCGCUUCGACUUGGAUCGCUUGAAGCUUCUCUGCGCUAGGAAGCUGUGGAACAAUGUCACGGAGGAUACAGUUGCUGGUACGCUGAUCUGUGCCGAAACAUAUAACUGCCCGCAGCUGAAAAGGAAGUGCGUUGGUUUCUUCGGCGAGGGGAAGGACUUCAAGACAAGGGCUGUGUUAACCGAUGAUUUUGCUCGGCUGGCACUGCAAUUCCCAUCGAUUCUUGAUGAUUUGUGGGUGAAGGCUGGAGCAUAG